UUGUCAACAUAAUUUGAAUAUUAAGGUAAUAUUUAUCGAAUGUCAAGUUAGUCAAGUUCGCGACACAGUUAAAUCCUAAUGUAUCUCACGCGUUAUACAAAAAGUAAUAUAAAACAAAACAAAAUUCAAAAAUGGAGUGCACCGAGUUAUUGAAUAUUUCCAAGACUAGAAUUAACAAAUAUUCCUUUGAAAUGGAAGAAAAUUAUAUCAUACAUGUUUUGUGUCGAGUAUUAAAGGAAGACGAGAUUCAAUUAUUGAAUAUCACGUGUCAAAAAUGUAACAUAGAAUACUCAACGUUGAGUAAUCUUUAUCUAUGUUAUGUUAAAUUUAAUAUAAUACGUUGUGAAACUGACGAAUACAACACCGAAUUUAUCGUUAAAUCUGAACCAAGUGAUAGACCAAUGGCGUUACAAAUUUACAGGAGAGAAAAAUUAUUUGAAACUGAAAUGUUCAUGUAUUUAAGAGUAUUGGAAAAGAUGUAUCAUUUGACAUGUGAAAGAUUUGGACCUAAAUUAAUUUAUUGUUCUAACAAUACCAGAACAUUAGUCCUCGAUAGUUUAUCUUUUCAUGGGUAUCGUAUGAUGGAUCGUUGGAAUGGCUUGCCCAAAGAUUAUUGUAAUUUGGCUAUCAGAAAAUUAGCUGUUUUUCAUGCUUUAUCUGUUGCCGUUUGCGAAAAGAAUCCGGAAUGGCCUACCAUGUUGCGUGGUGGAAUACUAGCCAAUCCUUCAGAUAAUUUUGUUAAAUUUUGUGAAAAAAGUAUACGCAAUGUAAGUUGCAAAAUACGUGAAUGGGGUCCAGAAUAUUUCAUUGCUGCUGAUAAAAUAGAAAAAUUUGCUAAUGAAAUCAAAAUGAAUGGAAAACAAAUUUACGAGUAUGAUUUUGAUGAAUUUUGUGUUAUCAAUCAUGGUGAUUUUUCAAUAGAUAAUCUCAUGUUUCGUCAUUCUACAAAUCAACCCAACGAUGUUAUAUUUGUAGAUUUUCAAAGAUCCUGUUACACAUCACCGGUCAUAGAUUUGAUUCAUUUUUUCAAUACCUGUCCAGAAAUAAAAAUUAAAUACACGAGGGAGUAUAAUUUGUUGUCAAAUUAUUUAAACAUAUUAACAUACUCCAUGCAAAUUUUUCAUUGCAAUACCAGACCUCCAACAUUGGCAGAAAUAGAAAAGGCUAUGGAAAAAAGACGACUUUAUAUAAUUAUUGUUGGAUUGGUGUUGUAUCCUCGUAUGGUGGUUAGACAAAAAAAUAAGAAAGAAAGUUGGGAAGAUGUGUUGGGUAAUUUAAAUGGUGAUACUAAACUGGACAUAUUCAAUGAACCACUUGCAAUCGAAUCUAUUCGUAAGUUUAUCAAAUUUAUGGAACUCAAAGGUUUUUUGGAUUAAUUACGUGAU